AAAACGAAUUUUGUGCUUACGAAGAAUAUGAAAAUAUGACGCUGGCACAUGUCGACAUCGUCUUCCAAAAGAAAAAUAAAGAAGACUGCCAAAAGAUGUGUGACGAGUUCCAUCCAUUUAACUGUCGAGCUUUCACAAUUGUAGAUAAUAAUCAAUGCUACCUCCACAGCGAAGACUCCAAAAUUUACGGACCAAACUCAUUGAGAACGAGACAGGGAGCCGUGUACUAUGAGAAAGCAACUUGUUUAAAUAUUUCAGUUUCCUGCUCUGAAACCUACAUGACAGUUUCAUACAAGCCUGAAAUAAAUUUCAAGGGUAAAAUGUACAUGGAAGGUUACUCUGAAAAUAACAUAUGCGCAGUAUCUGGUAAAGGUAUUUACCAAGAAAUUUCUUUACAAAUUCCUUUACUUACUGGGCAGUGCGGUAUUAUUAAAGCCGAUGGUCCAAUCAACAGGACUCUUCUUUCAGGAAACCUGUUGAUUCAGUACAAUUCAUUAAUUCAAACUCAAAAUGACAGGUUGAUAAGAGUAGGCUGCAUAUUCGGAAACGAAACAAAAGUUGUCAUUGGCACUGGUGUUCAAGUUUCGCCGAUAUUACCAAACAGAGGCAGCGUUAUUAUUAUUCCAGGGCAAAAUUCAACCGUGCCAGACGUAAUUAUGAAAAUUGUAGAUCCAAACACCGGCGGUGAAGUGAGUGAUUCACAGAUAGGCCAGUAUCUUCAGCUGGAGAUUAUUUUAAACAAACCAGGAAAUCUUGACAUAUACGCAAGCCAUCUGAUAGCGAUGACCGAAAAAACGGAAGAGUCGAUAUUUUUACUGGACAAUAGGGGAUGUCCAGCUGACCUCAGUAUAUUCCCAGCACUAACCAAAGUUAGAACAGAAGACAAAGUAGUACUCACGGCCAAUUUUCAAGCGUUUAAGUUUGCGGAUUCGCCGAUCGUGAGAUUUAGCGUCAUUAUUCAGUUUUGCGUUGAAGAAUGCCCAGCAGUGAAUUGUGCUGGAAAUGUGAUAUCCUAUGGACGACGAAAACGAGAAACGACCCAAAUUGAAACUAUAAAUGGCACCACUGUCAUACAGCUGAACAGAACAGUGGUUCAACCAAGGUCGAAUACUAUGUUUGAAAUGCCACUGGAGUAUAUUAUGAUAGUACGACAGUCCAACAAAUUUGUGUCAGACAGACUCGUGUUAGGGGAUAAUAAAAUUUUAGUAGCAGGAUAUGAUUACGCUACAAAUGAAGUGUGUCUAGACUACUCCUUGGUGAUAGCUUUAAUAAUUUUAUGGAUAAUCAUCCAGAUAUUCUUCGUCAUUGGUUCCAUAGUUCUAGUCAGGAGAUAUAAACGAUACUACCAACACGAAUGUACCAGGCAAUCGAUGGAAGAACUGCACAAAAACUUUGGGUUUGGAAGUAGUAAUCUAGAAAAUAGAAGAGUACAUUGGGCCGAAUACGGAAAAUAUUCUUUGACGCUUGAAGAAAGGACUUUUGUGUAAUAUAGACUGAUUUUUUUGUAAAUAUGGAUUAAUUUUCAAGUUAUUGUAUCGAGCCAUCGAGAAAAAAUGGGAAUUAAAGUAGGUUGUGCAAUUUACAUUUAAAUAUCGCCAUUUUAGUCUUAAUUCAGCCAUUUCAAUCGUAAAUAUCCAUAGGGACAUGACAUGUUUGGUCUAUAAACCUAUAUACGUCUAUAUUAGUUGUUAUAUUUGUCAAUAUAAAGAUUAAUUGUUUGUGUUGUGAACAUAUUACAUAAAAAAUUAGAUUAUGCAUGUAUUAUUCUGUGUAGUAAGUGACUAAAAUCUCAACAUACGACUUUUUUAUUGUACAGACUACUCUGAUUGCGUUUUUAUGGCUCUGUAGUUGAUUUGUAUGGGGUAAAUGAUUGUAAGAAUUAAGUCAAAAUUAUUCUUCAAUUCUUUUAUUUAUAGUUGGUUUUUCUUGUUACAUAACAUCCUGCUAUAUAUGUAUAUAAUGUAGAUUAUAUAUUUUUACCACGUAAUUAUUUAUUGUUUAUCAAUCUUAAGCUUUUUUAAUGUGAGCAUAAAGUGCCUAUUGUAAUACCAAAGUUGUCUUUAGAAACUUAAAAUAA